CUAAAAACGACGUCGGAUCUACUGGAGAAAAAUAGAAACCCAUCUCUUCUCUCUCCAUUAUUAUUCCCCAAAGCUUUAGCUUUCGAGUUUCGAGUUUCGACUUUCGACUUUCUCUUCUCUCUCUCUUAGAUCGAUCUGAAAGUAACUAGUGAGAGAGCAGAGAGGAGGAGAAGAAGAAGAAGAAGAAGAUGGGUUGUGCUCAAUCCAAGAUCGAGAACGAAGAAGCUGUUACUCGUUGCAAAGAGCGAAAACAGUUCAUGAAAGAUGCUGUCACCGCUCGUAACGCUUUCGCCGCCGCACACUCCGCUUACGCCAUGGCUCUGAAAAACACCGGAGCUGCUCUCUCCGAUUACACUCACGGCGAAUUUCUAGUCUCCGGUCACUCUUCAUCCGGCGCCGCAAUCGCUUCUACUUCCUCACUUCCCAUCGGCAUAUCUCCUCCUUCCCCUUCUUCCGCGGCCGCGAUUUCUAAUUCCGCCGGUGCCUCUUCCUCCGCAUCCUCGGCGAUCCCUCAGCCUAUUACCGAUACUCUCCCGCCUCCUCCUCCUCCUCCACUGCCUCCUCUCCAGCGAGCUGCUACUAUGCCGGAGAUGAACGGUAGAUCCGGUGUUCCGUCUGGAAAUGGACUCAACGGGACCAUAAUUGAAGAAGACGGAACCCUAGAUGAUGACGAUGACUCCGAAUUGGAGAACCAUGACCGUUUGGUUAGGAAAUCGAAAAGCCGUGGAGGUAGCAAUAGAGGCAGAACGAUGAUUGACGAUCGCCAGGAAGCGCCGCCUCCUCCUCCGCCGCAAUCGGUGGCGGCGAAUUCAAGGCCGAUUCCGCCGUCGCGUCAGCACCACCAUCAACAACCGGAACCUUACUUCGAUUAUUUUUUCCCUAAUGUUGACAACAUGCCUGGAACCACUUUAGAGGACACUCCUCCUCCUCCUCCACAGCCACAACCACAACCACAACCACAGGCGAAACCUGCUCCUCCUCAACCAACUUCACCAUCCACAGAGGAAGAUGAGGAAGAAGAAGAAGAAGACGAGGACGAGGAGGAAGAGGAGACGGUGGUUGAACGAGAACAACCGGUGGAGGAAAUGCUGAAGAGAGUGGAAGAACCGAGAGUGGAUUUGGAAAAAGCUGCUAAUUUUAGAGGGAUGAAGAAGAGCAAAGGGAAGGCCAUCGCCGGAGAGAGGAGGGGAGGGAGACCGGUGACGACGAACUUGGCGAACGUAUUCAUAGAGAUUGAUGAUAAUUUCUUGAAAGCUUCUGAAAGUGCUCAUGAGGUUUCCAAGAUGCUUGAAGCCACCAGGCUCCAUUACCACUCUAAUUUUGCAGAUAACCGAGGCCAUAUUGAUCACUCUGCUAGAGUGAUGCGUGUAAUUACAUGGAAUAGAUCGUUUAGAGGAAUACCAAAUACUGAUGAUGCGAAAGAUGAUUUCGAUUCCGCAGAGAACGAAACUCAUGCUACUGUUCUUGACAAAUUGCUAGCUUGGGAAAAGAAGCUCUACGACGAAGUCAAGGCCGGUGAACUCAUGAAAAUCGAGUACCAGAAAAAGGUUGCUCAUUUGAAUCGUGUAAAGAAGCGAGGUGGUCACUCGGAUUCAUUAGAGAGAGCUAAAGCAGCAGUUAGCCAGUUGCAUACGAGAUACAUAGUUGAUAUGCAAUCCAUGGACUCUACAGUUUCAGAGAUCAAUCGUCUUCGUGAUGAACAACUCUACGUAAAGCUCGUUCACCUUGUGGAGGCGAUGGGUAAGAUGUGGGAGAUGAUGCAAAUGCAUCAUCAAAGACAAGCCGAGAUCUCAAAGUUUCUGAAAUCGCUAGACGUUUCGCAAGCGGUGAAAGAAACAAACGAUCAUCACCACGAACGAACGAUCCAGCUCUUGGCCGUGGUUCAAGAAUGGCACACGCAGUUUUGCAGGAUGAUUGAUCAUCAGAAAACGUACAUAAAGUCACUCGGCGGGUGGCUAAAGCUGAAUCUCAUCCCUAUAGAAAGCACGCUCAAGGAGAAAGUGUCUUCACCUCCUCGAGUUCCAAAUCCGGCGAUCCAAAAGCUCCUCCACGCAUGGUACGACCGUUUAGACAAGAUCCCUGACGAAAUGGCGAGAACCGCGAUAAUCAAUUUCGCGGCGGUCGUAAGCACGAUAAUGCAGCAGCAAGAAGAAGAGAUCAAGCUCAGAUACAGAUGCGAGGAGACGAGAAAAGAACUGGGAAGAAAAAUCAAACAGUUCGAGGAUUGGUACUAUAAAUACAUGCAGAAGAGAGGACCUGAGGAUGUGAAUCCGGAUGGUUCAGAAGCGGAUAACGAACACAAAGACGAGGUCGUCGUGAGGCAAUUCAAUGUAGAGCAGAUUAAAAAGAGGUUGGAGGAAGAAGAAGAGUCUUACCAGAGACAGAGCCAACAAGUUCGAGAGAAGUCACUGGCUAGUCUUCGAAGUCGCCUUCCCGAGCUUUUUCAGUCAAUGUCUGAGGUUGCGUAUUCGUGUUCGGAUAUGUAUAGAGCGGUUACGUAUGUGACUCAUCAGCGCCAAAGCCAAAGCGAAAGGCAUCAGAAACCUAGCCAAGGACAGAGUUCGUAAGAAUUUCUUGUAAAGAACAGAGUAAUGUCUUCUUUUUCUUUCAUCUGAUUUUUUUUAAGCAUACACAAAUACAAAAUAUAUAGCUAAGUAUUUAUCAUUGCUUUCGUAUACUAUUAACUUUUGGGUUUUAUAAGGUCCGUUAUAUAAGGUCCGUUACAUGAGUUCUUCUGAGUAUUGGGUUUUAAAGAAUUGUUCUGAGUAAUGAGUUUUGUAUUGUAAUUUUGUACAGUGAUAUAUUUUUGUAAUGACUGUAAUUUGUCAAACUCAUUUUCGUCAUAUACAUCUGGGUGGGAGUUUUUACUUUAUUUUAAUUUGUGUUUGUAUCCGACUAACGCUAAAAAAUUUGAUUAAUCUAUGUAAGUUUUUU